AUGAAUCCCCCAAAUAUUAGGAGAGCCCAAAAUCUGAAAUUCCACAAAAUCUCAGCCCAAGAAAUUAAAUCUUGGAGAUAUACCAUGAAACCGGGAAAGGGUCAUCAAGAGGAUGAAGAACAGGAGGAUGAAGAAUUUGGUACCAAGAAAAACAAAGAUGUGAAGAACAAUGAUAAGGCGAAUGUAACAAGGUCAAAGCAUUCGGUUACGGAACAGCGGAGGAGGAGCAAGAUCAACGAGAGAUUUCAGAUAUUGAGAGAAUUGAUACCCCAUUGUGAUCAGAAGAGAGAUACAGCCUCUGUCUUAUUGGAGGUGAUUCAAUAUGUACAGUUUUUACAGGAGAAGCUACAGAAGUAUGAAGGGUCAUACCAACCUUUGAAUUUGGAGGCCACAAAGCUAAUGCCGUGGAGAAAUAGCCAUUGGCAAGUUCAAAGUCACGUUGGUCAAGCCCCAGCCAUGAAGAAUGGUUCUGGUUCGACAUUUCCCUGCCUGUUUGAUGAAAAUAAUGUUACGGUCCCUUCAACCAUGCAAGCGAGUCAUCAGAAUCCUAUUGAAUUAGAACCUAGUUUGAAUGCCUCCAGGAGAGCAGUGGAUCCACAAACUGAACUUGCAAACAAGGCAAUGGCCAUUCCCGUGUCACUGCAGUCCACUGAAGACCCAACUGCUUCAGGCAUUAUGAAUCAGGAUGAACUGUCAGUUGAAGGGGGAACUAUUAGCAUCUCAAAUCUUUACUCCCAAAGGUUCUUGAAUUCAUUGACACAAGCACUUGAGAGCACGGGUGUGGAUCUAUCCGAAGCCCGCAUGUCAGUGCAGAUCAAUCUUGGGAAACGAGCAAAUAGAGGAUCAACCUCAGGCAUAUCAAAUGCCAAGGAUCAUGAAAAUCCUAUGCCUUCUGGGGAAAAAUCAGAAGGGCAUUUUCAAGAUGCAAGCAACAGCGAAGAUGCCGAUGUAGCUCAAAAAAGGCAGAAGAUUUGA